GUUCGUGUUUGCUGGUGGAAUUAUCCCUGUGUUUCUGGUCUGGUUUCUGGACUGGGGUUAUGCUCAGGGAGAGGAAGAGGUGCUGAUGAACACAAAGCUAGAAACAUCUGAUCUAAGAUGGACCAUCUACCCCAGCAGUGACCCUGAGUGGGAGGAGAUGAGCGGUUUGGAUGAGGAGGGAAACAGCGUCCGCACCUUUCAGAUCUGUCCGAUGGACACGUCAGUGAGUCACUGGCUGCGCACGCGCUUCAUCCCGCGGCGCGGAGCGACUCAGGUGUACGUGGAGAUCCGCUUCACUGUGAUGGAGUGUUCAGCCAUGCCUUCCAGCUUCCGCACCUGCAAAGAGACCUUCAACCUAUACUAUUACCAGAGCGACGAACACGGCCAGCAGCACACACACCCCCCUGAAUGGAACCAACACACAUACCAGUCAAAAGUGGACACAGUCGCGGCUGACUUCCUGUUGCGUCGCGGCGGAGAGAAGAAGUCUAAUGUGAAGACGGUGCGUGUGGGUCCGCUGUCGAAGAAGGGCUUCUACCUGGCGUUCCAGGCUCAGGGUGCGUGCAUGGCCCUGCUCUCCGUCCGCGUCUUCUUCAAGAAGUGCCCCGCCGUCACCCGCGCCUUCUCCUCCUUCCCUGAGACGCUCCCUCACUCGCUGGUGCAGCAGGCGGUGGGCGUGUGUGUGCCAAACUCCGCCCCCACGGGCCAAGCCCCGCCCACCAUGUUCUGUGGGGAGGACGGCCAGUGGGUGGGGCCUCCGUCCUCCAGCUGUGUGUGUAAACCGGGGUUCGAGCCGGUGGACUCCGACCACUGCAGAGCGUGUGGACUGGGUCAGUAGAAGUACGCGUCCAUCGGUGGGAGUUUGUGUCACACAGACAACAGUACACACACACACUCUGGACACAGUGUGUGUUUGUGCCGCCCGGGAUUUCACCGCGCCGCCAACGACACACACACACAUCUCUGCACACGACCGCCGUCGGCUCCGCGCAGCAUCAUCUAUCAGAUCAAUGAUACGGUGGUGACGCUGGAGUGGUCGGAGCCGCUGGACCGCGGCGGUCGCUCGGAUCUGUCCUACAGCGUGGAGUGUGUGUGCUGCAGAGGCUCCGCCUGUGUCCCCUGCGCAGACAGUGUCUCUUACAGGCCGGCGCAGGUGGGCGUGACCGGGAGGCGGGUCAUCAUCCACGGGCUCCUCCCACACACCACCUACACCUUCACCGUCAUCUCCCAGAACGGAGUGAGCACUGUCAGUCCCACAAGCCCCGCCUCCAGCUCCGUCAACAUCACCACCAGCAGAGACGUGGCUGUUCCAGUGUCCGGCAUCAGGAGGACUAAAGCGUCUGAGAGCAGCGUCUCCAUCAGCUGGACGGUUCCUCCACAGACACAGCACAGCAUUCUGGAGUACCAGCUGCGCUACAGUCUGAAGGAUCAGGUUGAUGGAUGGCAGUACAUCAGCAGUAAAAGCAGCUCAGUGGUUCUGAACGAUCUGACCCGCGCGUCACAGUACCAGGUGCAGGUCAGAGCCAGAACCGCCGCGGGAUACGGACACUUCAGCCCCGCCGCCACCGUCAGCACCCUGCCGGACGAUGAAGAAUCUCCAUCGAGGAUGUUGCUCACUGGUGUGUUGGUCGCUAUAGGACUGCUCAUUCUCAUCGCCGUGGUGAUCGUUGUUGUGUUCUGCUUCAGGCGCUCCAGCCGCACGCGGGAUCCGGACCCGGAUAAGAGCGGCCAGUUCCUGAUGGGUCAGGGGAUCAAAGUGUACAUCGAUCCGUUCACAUACGAGGAUCCGAACGAGGCGGUGAGGGAGUUCGCUAUAGAGAUCGACGUGUCCUUUGUGAAGAUCGAGGAGGUGAUCGGUGCCGGUGAGUUCGGUGAGGUGUGUCGCGGCCGGCUCAAGGUUCCCGGGAAGAAAGAGAACUACGUGGCCAUUAAGACCCUGAAGGGCGGCUACACAGACAAGCAGAGGCGGGACUUCCUGUCUGAGGUCAUCAUGGGUCAGUUCCAGCAUCCCAACAUCAUUCACCUGGAGGGAGUGAUCACAGCUUCCUGUCCCGUGAUGAUUCUGACCGAGUACAUGGAGAACGGCGCACUGGACUCCUUCCUGCGGCUGAACGACGGUCAGUUCACGCCCAUCCAGCUGGUGGGGAUGCUGCGUGGGAUAGCGUCUGGUAUGAAGUACCUGUCGGAGAUGAGUUAUGUUCACCGGGAUCUGGCAGCGCGAAACAUCCUGGUCAACAGUAACCUGGUGUGUAAGGUGUCCGACUUUGGCCUGUCCAGAUUCCUGACGGAGAACUCGUCUGACCCCACGUACACCAGCUCACUGGGCGGGAAGAUCCCGAUCCGCUGGACGGCUCCUGAAGCCAUCGCCUUCCGUAAGUUCACCUCGGCGUCAGACGUCUGGAGCUACGGCAUCGUCAUGUGGGAAGUGAUGUCGUUCGGAGAGAGACCCUACUGGGACAUGAGCAACCAGGACGUGAUCAACGCCAUCGAGCAGGACUACCGCCUGCCUCCUCCCCCAGAAUGCCCUGCGUCUCUGCACCAGCUGAUGCUGGACUGCUGGCAGAAGGAGAGAUCGUCUCGCCCGCGCUUCUGUGCCAUCGUCUCUGCCCUCGACCGACUGAUACGCAACCCAGCCUCGCUCAAGAUCACCGGACGCAUCUCAGACGGGUCGUCUCACCCUCUGCUGGACCAGCGUCCUCCGCCGUCGCUCUCUCACUGCAGCUCAGUGUCCGACUGGCUCCGGGCCAUUAAGAUGGAGCGAUACGAGGACAACUUCCUGCAGGCCGGCUUCACCUCCAUCCAGCUCCUCUCACACAUCUCCACCGAGGAUCUUCUGCGGAUCGGCGUGACUCUAGCCGGACACCAGAAGAAGAUUCUGUCCAGCGUCCAGACACUGCGGGUCCACGCCGGCUCGCUGCCAUACUGACGCUUCCCAGCAUUCCCUGCUUCUGCUAGAACCAAUCACUGUGGAGCAGCACAGAACCAGCCAAUCAGAGUCCGGUCUGUCUGUGGUUUGACUCGGACUGAUGUUCUCCGGAGCGUCUCGUGUAGAGACCACACACUUCCACAUCAGAGGAUGACGACUUACUGUUGCCGUGGCGACGCCCAUGCAUUCUGGGAGCUUAAUCAGAUCUUCACAUUGAAGAUUCAUUAUAAUUAUUAUUAUAAAGUCAGAUAUUUUGUAAUUAUUAUUUUGUACGUAUCAAAGCAGCACUAAUAAUGAAUGGACUUUGGGAGCUGUCAAUCAAACCGAGUGUAAUCUGUGUGACCAAUCACAUUAAAGAUCUGCACUGGCCCCUCCCACCA